AUGAGUCGAAACUUCUUUCCCGCUCUCAUGGCCAUCGGCAUGGGUGUGUGGACGGGAUACUAUGCAUUCAACCCGGCAUUGCGCGAACUCCAGUCCGAACAGGGGACGUCGCAGCAAGCUCCAGGCACCCGGCAAACACAAGGCCAAAGCACCACGACCUCGAACGUAAAGGAUUUGACGCCGGGUAAGGAAGAGGGCGGAAAUGGAAGUCAAUAA